AUGCCCGGAAUUUACCCCGAUACUCCUGCUACAGGUCUCCCCCUGGGAGGCCAUAUCAACCCUGGUGAAACCAGCAUCCAAGCUGCUGCCCGUCGGUACCACGAACGAAAGAGGCGAGAAUCUGCCUCUGGACUUGACUCCCAGUUUACUCAACCUAGUCCUGCCGAGCACUUAAUUGAGGAGCCACGUCGAGACUCCCGAGAUUCCCGAAACUCCACGGGGAGUGCAGAGAUGCCUCGGAGGAGAUCAUCGCUUAGUGAACGUUGGAAUGAGUUCAAGCGCCACUUGCCAUGA